AUGUCGUCCUCGAGCAACUUCAUCCUGCUGAUGUACCCUCACCUCAUGAAGGCCAUCCUCGAGUACAGCGAUAUUGACUGCCUUCUCCUGUGGAGGGACACACGCCACUCUUUCAGGGAGAUGGUGGACAAGACACUGUACCGGCACGCCGUGAUCCUCUGCACGGGCCACGAAACAGACAACGCAAGGCGGGUGUUACGGCUAAUCGACAUGACACUUCUCACCCACAACCGUGAGGCUGCGCUACAGCCAUUCUUCCUCUCAACGGCCGCCGUAUGUACCACCCGAGUUCUCGAUGUUCGCACCCGGCCCAACGGCGUCGAAUUUCCCAGCAUCCAAGUGGUCCGGCGCCACCAGUUCCUGUCCAUGUCAGUCAUCCCCAGUGCACCCGUCAUCGUCAACCUCAUCAGCCAGAAAAGCUACGUCGAGCAGCUACCCCGGGCGACCACCCACAUGCCCGCUUCCAGGGUCCACAAGGCGGACAAGUACGUGCUCAGCGCCUACUUUGACAACCUCACCCCCGCCCGCAUCUUCUUGAUGUCGCUCCACAUCCCGCAUUUCGACCAUCCCGUGGAGACCGCCAUCAUCCUGAGCUAUGGCCCGCUGUAUCGAGGCGAAUGGUCCCAAAUAGUUCUAGAGAGUUGGACCAUGCUGCAUACCGCCGGCUGGUGGGCGACCGCCGGUAUGCCCUUGAGACGUUUUAGAUGGGUGCUUGAAGCGGCGCUGUAG